AUGAGCGACGAUGAAUUCUUGCUGCUCGUAUCUACGGGCUUGCAGACAUUUCUUACUUCGGGCAGAAUGUCGACCCCAUUAACUUCAAUGGAUUUCCUUUUGGCUCUCAUAUCCUUUAGGGCAUCCACAUCUGCCUCAGGCCUCAAUAUUCCGCGUCUAACUGAUUUACCGCGUGUAGAAAGGGUACUCGAGGCCUUCUCAUCGAACUGGGAGCAUGGCUCCAUUAUCCUGUCGCGCGAAGGCAGCGAGUUGACCAUUAUGGAUGUCCAUCUGGGGAAUUCCCGUGUGCUCGAGGCCAUCAACCCACGGAAGCGCAAGCGAGCACCCAUUGACGAGGAUGCAGACUCUGCUGCUGGUAGCACACCUGAUGAGAUGUCAUCAUCCAACGGAGAAAAUGAAUGUCCCAUGUCCACGAAUACCCCCUUAGGAAGUCUAAGUAAGGACUUGAAGGAGGUCUACGCAAUCCUCCAGAAGAGCACGGCGAAGGGACGGUUACUUGCAGAACGUUUUCGAUCUGUCAAUGGUGGGUUCGAGCCGAUAUGCACCUACAUCACCAAAGUAGAAUGCGCAAAAUCCCGCUUCGAAGUUGAUCCUUCUAAUCCGCCAAACCCUACAUUCUGCAACCUCUUGCACUUCCGUCCUCUCAUUCGACCGCACACAGACCCCAGCCUUGGACAUUGCUCCUACCUCAACACGUGCUACUCUGAGCCGACAUACUCACAGUCACCUUCGAUUACUCCUUUCCCACCUGGCACUGGAGCGCGCGUAUCAUUACCGUCUGGUCUCGGCGCAGGAGGACGGGGAAAGGAGAAAGCGCCGUGUCGGUAUCUACAUUUCGAGAUUGAUUGGGAUGAGAAAGACGGGACAAUCGCUCCGGCUGAUUCAUGGAGAACUCAGAGGGCAAAGAAACCUUUCAGGAUUGAGAUAGGAAUGGGCCCUGAUGGAAGAGACAUGCAAGUACUUCCUCCUCAGUGGAUCAACUGUGACUUGCGCCGCUUUGACUACUCGGUGCUAGGAAAAUUUCACGUCAUUAUGGCAGAUCCGCCAUGGGAUAUACACAUGAGCCUCCCGUAUGGAACGAUGACAGACGAUGAAAUGCGUGCCAUGCCGAUACCGACACUCCAGGACGAAGGAAUGCUCUUCCUUUGGGUCACUGGGCGUGCAAUGGAAGUCGGUCGGGAGUGCCUCCGAGUAUGGGGGUACACCCGCGUCGAUGAAGUAGUCUGGGUCAAGACUAACCAGCUCCAGCGCGUGAUUCGCACCGGCCGAACAGGUCACUGGCUCAAUCACACGAAAGAACACAUGCUUGUUGGUGUCAAAACGCGCACAGAUGCUGCAGGAAACCUCGUUUUCCCCUCAUGGGCAAACCGCGGACUCGACACUGACGUCAUCGUGAGCGAGGUGCGCGAGACGAGUCGCAAACCAGAUGAGGUGUACGGGCUGAUCGAAAGGAUGUGUCCUGGUGGGCGGAAGAUUGAGAUUUUCGGAAGAAAGCAUAAUACUCGGCCUGGGUGGCUGACGCUUGGAAAUCAGCUAGGCCAGGACCAGGUAUAUGAGGAGGAUCUAGCGGCACGAAUCAAAGCUAGAUACCCAGAACGUUUCAUGACCGUGUCUAGUCAGGCUAUACAUCACUAA